CGAGGAUCGCUGCGUCAGAAGAAGAUGAGCCAUUUACAACAGAACGCUUUGUUGCUGGUUUCACUGUUAUUUGCUGCUUGUGGUGCGAUCAGGGAGGUCGAACAACAGUUUGUUUCAGCAGAACUAUCUACUCCAGGAUCUAUGGGAACAAAGUUCCUGGUAGGAUUUAUGCAAAAUGUUCUCCCUAGAACUGGAGGGAACGCUGUGCCUGAUGCAUACCUACUAGUGACCACCAAUGAGACUGGAGUGGUGGAGUUUGAUGUGACAACCAUGUUUGGUGGUGUGCAAAGCUCCAGCACAUAUACAGUGGACUCAACUGCACCGACACGAGUCAACUUUCCAGCUGAUGAUGUCUAUGUAACUGGUAUUCAGGAGAGGGAUAAAGCUAUUUGGGUACAAACGAGUAACAACAAGAAAAUAGCCAUCCAAGUUAUCAACGAUGAAUUCCGCUCUACUGACGGAUUUGUUGCUCUCCCAUGUGAUUCAAUGACUGUACCGUCAGAUUUUCGCACAUAUGAAUAUCUCAUUCUCUCCACUAAUCAAGACACGACAGACCAGCCAGGAAGCACACCAAGAUCCAGCCAGUUUCUUGUCAUUACUUGUGAUGAUGACACGGAGGUUGAAGUAGCCCCAUCAACUUCAAUCAGUGGAAGUGGCGUCUUUCAACACCCUCUAUUUGGUCCAGGAACAUCGCAAGCAUCAUCAAACUGGCGAGUCAACACAGACAACAACCUAAUACCUGCACACCAGACGCUCUUAAUCUCAAUAACAAACCAAGACCUUACCGGGACUGUGGUAAAGGGAAACAAGCCAUUGGUAGUAAUUUCUGGUCAUCAGUGUGGACAAGUCACUGAGAGAGUCACCGCAUGCGACCAUAUGGCAGCUCAGAUACCUCCAUACACAACAUGGGGCUACACGUUCCUGCUCAACCCUCUUGGUGGAAGACGAAGUGGAGACUUGUAUCGUUUUGCAACCCUCCAGGACAACACUGACGUUACCAUCACAUGUGUGGAUGCUGGAAGCAGUACUUCAACAGUAGAGCAUACAACAACUCUAAAUACUGCACAGAAUCCUAACUGGGGACAGUUUGAAACCAACUCAGAAGUUUGUACUGGCAAUUUUGCCCCAAAAUAUUGCUGCUUGGAAUCCUCCAAUCCUGUCGUACUAGCUCAGUACAGCUAUGGCUACACAAGGGAUGCAUCAUGCAAUGGAGGAGAGUUUGGAGAUCCCUUCAUGAGUGUCAUUCCUCCAAUAGUUCAGUAUUUACGCCUUUACCAUCUUGUUCCAGUCAACAUUUCAUCUGGACCUAUUGUCAAUCAUUUCUUCAGUGUUUCUGUUCCAGCAAGAUACUUUCAAACGGACAGAAUUAUGUUGGACAAUGCCCCAUUGGAGCUUAAUGCUACUCAGUGGCAAGCCAUCUACUGUAGCACUGGAGAGAUAUGUGGAUAUGGCAUUACAAAGGACUUUGACAAUCAGUACCAUUCACUCUUCCAUGCUGAUGCCAAUACGGCCAUUUUUGUUCACACCUAUGGCUUCAGUAUUCAAAAUUCCUACGCCAUAGCUGGUGGAAUGGAACUCCAACCAAUUUCUGGUACAAUCAUCAGUUGUACUGUGCCUGACGACUGUGUGGUGGAAGGAAGUUCAGUCACUGUCACCUGUACCAGAUCUCUGGACCUAACUCAACAGAGCAGGAUUCGAGUCAGCACUGAAGAUGGAUCUGCUGUGGCUCCAGCCGACUACACUGCACUAAACAUACCUGAGAACCGACCAAGCUUCUUUGCCGGCAAUGUUCUGAACUACAGAGGAGGAACCCGUCAGGAUUCAGUGAUAUCAUUUGACAUCCAAACUACAGCAGACAGUGAUGAUACGGAGCCUCAAGAGACGUUCUUCCUCAAUGUCUCUCCUGUGAGGACGGCUAUUGUCCUGACACCACGAGUUCCCAUUACCAUUUGUGGAGUCACCCAAGAUAUACGUUGCCCUGAUUUGACUGAUCCUGCCAAUGGUAUGGUGAUGGUUGCUGGAACCUCUCCUGGUGAUGCAGCUAUUACACCUGCAAUGACGGCUAUAAGCUAGAUGGAGCAUCAAACAGAACGUGUGGUUCAGGUGGUCAAUGGAGUCCUGAGGAACCUAAGUGCUUAGCAAUAUGUCCAACCCUGACUGAUCCUGCCAAUGGUAUGAUGGUACCAGAAGGUAACUGCGAGGGAGAUACAGCCACUUACACCUGCAAUGACGGCUAUAAGCUAGAUGGAGUAGAAACAACAACAUGUGGUCCAGAUGGUCAAUGGAGUAGUGAUCCCCCUGUUUGCUUAGAUAUAGAUGAAUGCCUGAGUGAUCCGUGUGACUCUAAUGCCACAUGCUCCAAUGCUGCUGGUAGCUACAUCUGUGAAUGUAACACUGGAUUCUCUGGGAGUGGAUUCACCUGUACAAAUAUCAAUGAGUGUGAGAUUGCCACUGAAAUCUGUGAUGGCAAUGCUACCUGUAGUGACACUCAAGGUAGCUAUGAAUGUGUGUGCAACAGUGGCUACUCUGGAGAUGGAUUGUCAUGCAC